UCUGCUCUGCGUCACCCUGGAUUUCUGGCCAGCCCUUCCUCCCCCUGGCCUGUUUCCUCAUUUGCGUGGCCAGUGAUGGCUGCGAUCCCGUGGUGCAGUGAGGGGAAAUGAGAACCAUGUGGAGAGGCCGUGCAGAGGCACAUCCCUGGCCCUGGGCACCCCCAGGGCUGUUCCUAGAAAAGAGGAGGGGUGACUGAGAGCCAGGGUCCUCUGCCCCCACAUGCCCUUUCUUUCAGCAGCUGGAGACAGCGCUGGCAGCACCAGGAACUCCGAACACUCCUGCAGAGGGUGUGGGAACAGCCAGGGCCAGACCCCUUGCAGCACAGUGCCUGCCUGUCUCUGCUGGUGCCCUUAUGGUGCCUCUCGUGCAGGUGCUGAACCAUGGCGGUGUGGAUCCAGGCCCAGCAGCUCCAGGGGGAAGCCCUGCGGCAGAUGCAGGCGCUCUAUGGGCAGCACUUCCCCAUCGAGGUGCGGCACUACCUGUCGCAGUGGAUCGAGAGCCAGGCGUGGGACUCCAUCGACCUUGACAACCCUCAGGAGAAUGUGAAAGCGACACAGCUUCUGGAGGGGCUGAUCCAGGAGCUGCAGAAGAAGGCAGACCACCAAGUGGGUGAGGACGGCUUCCUGCUGAAGAUCAAGCUGGGGCACUACGCCACACAGCUGCAGAACACGUACGACAGAUGCCCCAUGGAGCUGGUGCGCUGCAUCCGGCACAUCCUCUACCACGAGCAGCGGCUGGUGCGGGAGGCGAACAAUAGCCCUUCUCCGUCCGGCUCCUUGGUGGACGCCAUGUCCCAGAAGCACCUGCAGAUCAACCAGACCUUCGAGGAGCUGCGGCUCAUCACGCAGGACUCUGAGAAUGAGCUCAAAAAGCUGCAGCAGACACAGGAAUACUUCAUCAUCCAGUACCAGGAGAACAUGCGACUCCAGGCCCAGUUCUCCCAGCUGUCCCAGCUGGGCCCCCAGGAGCGCCUGUCACGGGAGACGACGCUGCAGCAGAAAAAGGCAUCGCUGGAGGCCUGGCUGCACCGCGAGGCCCAGACACUACAGCAGUACCGUGUGGACCUGGCUGAGAAGCACCAGAAGACGCUGCAGCUGCUGCGCAAGCAGCAAACAACCAUCCUGGAUGAUGAGCUGAUCCAGUGGAAGCGUCGGCAGCAACUGGCGGGGAAUGGGGGCCCACCCGAAGGCACCUUGGAUGUGCUGCAGACCUGGUGUGAGAAGCUGGCAGAGAUCAUCUGGCAGAACCGGCAGCAGAUCCGGCGUGCCGAGCACCUGUGCCAGCAGUUGCCGAUCCCAGGCCCGGUGGAGGAGAUGCUGUCAGAGCUGAACGGCACC